CUGCGUUUCUCUCGAUUGAAAUUCAACCUGGGUUCAACUAAAACUUUUACUUUCCUUCAAGGUUUCAGAAUAUUUCGGCGUGCUGCCAUUGCUUAACACUUCUGAGGACUAAUACGUGGAACUCAAACCCUCGACCACCAAUUUGGGCUAAUGCAUGUCUCUGUCGUGGGACCAGCGGAAAACGCGCCUUCAAGAGUUAUUGAAGAGCUCAGGAGACGAAGACGAAGACGGAUUAGGUCUUGAUCGUCUGUUACAUGGCCAAAAUGUCAUAGGGAAAACUGUAAAAACUACUGAAGUCGAUGAGAUACGGUUUCAAGACCGAGAUCUACAGGUUCUUGGCACGUUAGAAUACGGGCAAUACGGUGUGAUCGACGUUGUCACCUGCAAACUGGACAGUCGCGUCUAUAUCCGAAAGUCGAUUGAGAAAAAGUUUGCUCUGCGCACUCGCGAACAAUGUUCACCGCAAUUCGAACGCGAUAUUCUGUUAAAAGCACUUCGAACUCAAACUUCUUGGGUUCCGCAUCUGUUAUGCGCAUUCCAUACUCCUACUCAUUUGAAUCUUGUUAUGGAUUAUGCCGAAGGUGGAACUCUUUGGGAUGUGCUCGAAUCUAGUCCACUUGAAGGAAGGAUUUCCGAAGAUGAUCUCAGGUGGUGGGCACCACAGAUCGUUAGUGCCAUACACUGGUGUCAUAGCCAGGGUUUCGUCCAUCGAGAUGUCAAACCACACAACUUCGUAAUAACACAAACUGCUCACAUUCUUUUGAUCGAUUUCGGCACUGCCGCUCCCGUGUUACCUCCUUCUCAAGACGGUAGUCGGCUUGUACCAAAGCAAUACUGUUUAGUUCCUUGCGGAACUUGUGAUUAUAUCUCUCCCGAAAUUCUCAAAGCCCACGAGCAGGCUCUGGUCGCUUUGGAAGUUGAGGAUAGCCAGGACCCUGUAUUAACCAAUGAGGACGAAGUCUACGGCUUAGAGACAGACUGGUGGAGUCUCGGCGCAAUGUUGUACGAGAUGGCAUAUGGUGUAGCUCCCUUUUUUGCAGACGACAUUCGACGAACAUAUUUGAAGAUCAUGGAUCAUCAAAGGAGUCUCAAAUUUAAUCUUAAUGUAUCCUUAUCUGUACAGUAUCAAGAUUUCCUGCGAAGGUUGCUUACUGAUGCAGAAUUCCGCCUCGGUCGAAGAAAUUUCGCAGAAAUUACCAACCAUCCGUUUUUCGUCGGUGUGGAUUGGCAUACUCUUCCCCAACAAACGAAACCAUCAAAUCUUCAUCUUCCGCAGUUCACAUACUCAAUACCUGAAGCCAAAGUUGAUACGUCCGAACGACCGUCAGAAGAAUUUUCCCAACCUUUCGCAUUCUCAGCUUUAUUUCAAUCUUCGGCAGCGUCAUCCUCCCCAGGACUUUCUGUCUUUCAUGACACUCCCUCAUUCAAGGGAAGCGGUCCCCUUUCUGAAAGCAGUACUAGCGCCGCUUCUUUUAUCGGUUUCUCUUGGGGACCUACCAAGGAUGCUUUCCCGGAUGUGCACAUGACAGAAAACGCUGAGAACGAGCAACGAAGUCCCACCGGACUAUCACCCGCGCCGUUACCCAAGUGGAAUAGUACACCUCGUCCUCUUCGUAUUCCCUCGGCCUGGCUUACUCCGACUCCGCAAGGACGAAGUUUGCCCCAGCCUAGUAGUAACAUGGCCCGCCUGACAACCCCUUCGAUUCCAAGUCAUGCUCACGCGUUCAGCACCCCAGUCCGGCCUACUACAGAUCUGCUUGCUACGCCUUACUAUGCUCAAACUCUUCCGCGUUCGUUAGGGAGCAAUGCUGUUCGCCGCACAGUGACUCGCAGGGCCGUUUCAGACAGAGAAGCUAUGAAGCAGCUCGUUGACUGUAUUGGAAUGAGUGCUCGUAAAAAGGUUCUCGAGAGUGGUCGUAAGCCUCGGAUAUUGACCUCUUUCGCGAACCGUACCGGGACGGUGACUCGGAGGUCCUCCUUAAGUCGCUCGAGCGUCACUUCAACUAUCAGAAAAGAAUUACGGUUCGUUCAAGAUGCGGACCUCUCUUCUAUUUCUUCGAGAUAUCAAAAGGCCGGAUACGAACUUAGUGCGCAUUCGAGUGGGAGUGGUAUCUCUCGGAUCUUUGGGACUGACGUCCAAGACGGGAAUGGUGGUUCUGAAUCUGGGGAUGGGCUCACCACAGGGUCCGAUACGGAAGGAGACACCUCCAUGGGCACUUAUUCAGAAGCGCCUCCAAGUCCAAGUCCCAGUCCGCGUCCGGGGUCCGCGAUGUCCAUGAUGAGCAUGAUGUCUAAGCGCAGCGGGACUCCGACGUUAACGAGCACGUUCUCGCAACGCCUUGUUGGGACACCUUCUAUCACCAGUCGGAGUUAUAGUAAUAGUGCGCUGCUGGCGCCGGCGCCGAGCAUAUCCCUCUCGAACCCUAGUACAUCCAGAAGAAAUAGGUCUGGGUCCGCCAGUCUCGUUGGACCUGCAAGAAGUCGUGCUGAUGCUGAGGAACCAGAGGGAAAUUUGGCAGAGCAUUUCGACGGGCAUUCAGAGCGGAUCUCAAAUGAAGCCCUUUCAAAGAUAUCGAACGGCCGAAGCCAACUCAGACGCAGGGCGACCACUAGUGUGACUAUCUCGUUCGAGCAUGAGACUUUAGAUGAAUUAGAGAUUAAGCAUGCUGCGAUUAUGGAGGAUAUAUCUGUACUGGAAAAACGAUUAGGGCGAUUUCGUCGUUCUGUGGCAUAAUUUAUCAUCCGAGGGCUCAAAAGUUUGUAUACCUAUAGAUGCAGUGUAAACAUAUGUACUGAGUAAUUGUCACUGUAGCUUUACUGAUAACUUUGUUUGCUGGAUGAACAUU